CAAUUGGACUUGUUUUUUUUAGCGGGAAAGGGAAAUAAUUUUUGGUAAAUAUUUAUAUUAUUUAAUUUAGAAUAGAAUCACAAUCUAAAUGUGAAUUAAAUUAACUAUAUAAAAUGGGCACGAGAUCAAAAAAAAAGGCGUUAAUUUCGGACACAAAAGAUUCAAUUAUAAGGAAACGCGUAGAGAACUCUUGGAUCCUGUUUAUCAAAGAAUCAUUGCUGGAUAAUGAUAACUUUAGAAUUGUCACACUGCCACAUCCAGCGCAUGGGAAUCCAGCAAAAUAUGUUCUGGAUAAUCUUCAUCAUAAAAUGUAUGAGGUUGUUACCUUCAGUGAGCCAUACAGAUCCUGGUUCAUUGAUGAUACAGUGAAGUCUGAUGGCAGUGUUAUGAUGGUGACACCGUUUAAUCCAUUGUUUUUAGUUUUACCAAGAUUGAGAGAACAGUGUGCAAACAGAGCUAUACCUCUGGAAGAUUUAUUAUCAGAGAAGGGUUUUGACAAAAUCUUGGAUUUCAUCCCAAAUUUAGAUGCUGUCGCAGAUUUAAAGGGUCCACAAGAUAUAAAAGCAUAUAAAUAUAAUGAAGAAAAGACAUUAAAUUGGUUGGAAAACAAAAUACGUAAAUUGGCUGUUGUGUUGAGAGAAAAAAAUGUCCAUGUAACAUCUGGAGCGGUGUCAGCAACCUUUGUAUCAAGCAAUGUCAACAAUGAAAAUAUUGACGAUGAGUUUUACCUAAGAUAUGCUCAUGGGAUGAUAUCAGACUAUAUUGAACAAGAUAUUGCUGAUCUUCUGGAAAAGAAAUUUGAUUUUAAGGCUGAGCAAAUUGAAUAUGUUGGCAACAAAAGAAAAUCUGAUGCAGAAGCAGAAGCAGUGAAUAAAAGAGUUAAACUAGAUUUGACUUUAAAUGAAGAAUCUGAAAACAUAAAACUCAAUUUAAAUAACACAACAACAGAAAUUAAAAAGGAAAAGCCGUUGACAGCAAAAGAAAAAGCUAGACAAAAAGCAGCUAGUAAAACUAAAACUAUUUCAUCAUUUUUUUGUAAAAAGUGAUAAAAAAUGUAUUGAUUAAAUAAUUUUAUUUAUAAU